AUGGGGCGUGCUGCGCUCCUAGUUUUAUUUUUAAGCGUCGCGCGCGCAGAAAUCCUGACGCCCCCAUACUUUAACUUGGCGCUCGGGAAGAAUAUCACCGCAACGGCGACUUGCGGCGACGAAGGGCCGGAGCUCUACUGCAAAUUGGCCGGCGCCAACGCCGACCACGACGAGCAUGUGAUCCAAGGACAGGUUUGCGAUAUAUGUGACGGUAGCAAUGAGGCCAAGAAGCAUCCGCCAGAGUUUGCUGUCGACAGCAUGGAAACUUGGUGGCAGAGCCCGCCACUGUCACGAGGAAUGAAAUACAACGAAGUCAAUCUGACAAUCGAUCUCGGUCAGGAAUUCCACGUUGCUUACGUCUUCGUGCAAAUGGGCAACUCACCACGCCCCGGUUUGUGGGCUUUGGAAAAGUCCACGGACUACGGGAAGACCUUCAAGGCGUGGCAGUACUUCUCCGAGUCACCUCAAGACUGCGAAAGAUAUUUUGGAAAGGAAAGUUUACAACCCAUAACAAGGGAUGACUCCGUUAUCUGCAGCACGGAAUACUCUAAAAUUGUGCCAUUGGAAGGAGGGGAGAUACCAAUCUCACUUUUAAACUACCGUCCGUCAUCGAACAAGUACUUUGAUUCGCCAGUUCUACAAGAAUGGACGAGGGCAACUAAUGUCCGACUCAGGCUAUUGAGAACUAAGAAUUUACUGGGGCAUCUUAUGUCGGUCGCCAGACAAGAUCCAACUGUAACUAGACGAUACUUCUAUAGUAUAAAGGACAUCAGCAUCGGUGGUCGUUGCAUGUGUAAUGGCCACGCAGAUAAUUGUGAUCCAGCCGACCCACAAAGCAACACCAAUAUCCUGGUCUGCCGAUGUCAGCACAACACCUGCGGCCCACAGUGCGCGGCCUGCUGUCCAGGAUUUGAGCAGAAGAAGUGGAGGAUUUCACAGAAUUGGAACAGAUUCGCUUGCGAACCGUGCAAUUGCCACAACCAUACGACGGAAUGCUCCUACGACCCCGAGAUAGAUGAGAAGCGACUGUCUCUGGACAUCCAUGGCAAUUACGAGGGUGGUGGUGUUUGCAAAAACUGCCAACACAACACCGAGGGUAUCAACUGCAACAAAUGCAAAUCCACUUACUUCCGCCCGUACGGGAAGAAAUGGGAUGAGAUCGAUGUAUGCCAGCCUUGCAACUGCGACUUACACUACUCGACGGGUAACUGCGAGGAGGAGAGUGGGCGUUGUGAGUGCAGGCCGGAGUUCAAUCCGCCCAACUGCGACUCCUGCGCCUAUGGGUACUUCGACUACCCGUACUGUAAACCGUGCACUUGUAAUUUGAACGGCACUGAGGGUGACAAUUGCACGCCCACAGACGGCUUGUGCCCAUGCAAAUACAACUAUGCUGGAAAGUCUUGUGAAAUCUGCGAAGAUGGUUACUAUUCACCGGACUGUAAAAACUGCGAGUGUAAUACCGUCGGUUCGGUGUCCCACGUGUGCGAUAAAGAAACUGGAAAUUGCACCUGUAAGAGCAAAUACAGCGGUCGUACUUGCAAUCAAUGCGAGGCCGGUUACUACAAUUAUCCCACAUGUAAACACUGCAACUGCGAUACCAGCGGAACGGAAGACAGCAUCUGUGACGAUGUUAACGGGCAGUGCAUCUGCAAAACUGGUUUCGGUGGGUCGCGUUGUGACCAAUGUAUUUCGGGUUACUACAUGGAAGUUCGGGGCCGGGAACGACUCUGUGUACCUUGCAACUGCUCUCCCACCGGCUCUACAUCCACCAGCUGCUCGGCGGACGGCAAAUGCAACUGUCUCUCCAAUUUCGGAGGGAAGCAAUGUGACCAGUGCUCGCCUGGUUACUACAAAUACCCUGAGUGUCUACCGUGCAAUUGCGACUUGGCCGGCUCAAUUGGAUCCACCUGCGACGACAACGGCCUUUGCCACUGCAAGCCCAACUUUGACGGGGCGAAAUGCGACAAAUGCAAGGAGCAAUUCUACAACUACCCGGCUUGCGAAGAAUGCAACUGCGAUCCCAGAGGCGUCAUAGCAUCUUUCGCAGGUUGCGGUACAGUACCAGCUGGGGAGUUGUGCCAAUGCAAGGAUCGUGUGCAAGGGCGCAUCUGUAACGACUGUAAAGCUCUGUUUUGGAACCUUCAGGAGUACAAUCCACUCGGGUGUGAAGAAUGCAAUUGCUACCUGGCUGGAACCGUGGGCGGGCUGGGCGCCUGCGAUACCCGAACCGGCCAAUGCACCUGCAAGAGGAAUGUCGACAGACCACAGUGCGAUCAGUGCGAGAGCGGUUUCUACAAUCUCGAGACCAACAACCUCUUCGGUUGUACAGAAUGCGACUGCGAUAUCGGCGGUUCCAUCGACAACAACUGUGACAAAUCCACUGGUCAGUGCCGAUGCCACUCUCGAGUGGAGGGACGCCGAUGCGACCGUCCCAUCAGGGCCCAUUACUUCCCCACACUCCACCAGUUCCAGUAUGAGGUUGAGGAGGGGCUCACGCAGUCGGGACCCGUUCGAUACAGGGACUCUGAGGAGGUAUUCCCCGGGUAUUCCUGGAAGGGGUACGUCGUGUUUUCGGUGCUUCAGAACGAAGUGAUCAACGUGGUACACAUAAGCAAAUCCUCGCUGUAUCGCAUGGUGCUAAAAUACGCUAACCCUCUACGAGACGCGAUAAGCGCAACAAUUAUAAUAACACCAGAAAGCGUCGUCGACACCCAGCAAAUGUUUAACGUGUACUUAAGGCCUACCGAGCAACCCCAGCUGAUAACAGUGACUUUGGAGAAGGGCAAUGCCCCGGCGCCGUUCGUAAUGAACGCCGGGAACUGGACGGUCACCAUUAAAACUACGCGGGAGGUCAUGAUUGAUUACUUCGUACUCAUACCGGAGGCGUACUAUGAGGCGACCGUUUUGACUAAGCUGGUUGAUAAGCCGUGUAGUAUCGGGGAACGGAACUUGUGUCGUCAUUUCGCAUACCCAAGUCUGAGUGGCCUACCGACGGCCAACGUGACAACUUUAGUGACUCCUGUCUCCGAAUACGUCACCAACCCCGAACAACUAAGGGAGUACAACGUGGGACCGACAGACAUACCGCUAUUGAGUAACGACCAAAGCGAUUUGCAAUACAACAUGAAGAUAGAUCCGAGGGGGCCUUACGUUCUGGUGGUCGAGUAUGUCACGCCGACCUCGAGCCCGGAUCCAAACGCCGUCAUAGGUGUCCAAUUCUCUAACGCAUCGUACGACAACAGUCCAAAGGGCAUAAUCACCAUUAGAUUCCAAUCCGGUGAUGCCCCUGAAUCGAGCGCUGUUAUAAAUCUCAACGCUUGUCCAUAUACCGCCCCUUGCAGACAGGUGGUGGCCGACGAUCUAGCGAAGGUCUUCGUCGUGAAUGUCAUGGAACCCAACAAUGUCGUGUACUUAGAGAGCGAUACGGACACAUUAGCCGGAAUAAAGUCGAUAGUAGCGAUCCCCGAGUCCACUUGGCGUCUAGACUACAUCACUCCGAGGCCCUAUUGCGUUAGACGCGAUGGUAAAUGCAGUCCAGGAGUUUUCUCAGCAGCAGUAGAUUCCAAAAAGGUGGAAAUAGAAGGGGGUUCUGGUGGAAAUCGUGAUAGCAGGCCAUCUAUUCUGGACAACUCAACGAUGGUUGUUUAUUUAGAGCCAAUGGCUGAAUCGGUAAAGAUAGAAUCGAAAGUGCCUGCGCCGGGAGAGUAUCUUUUUGUCGUGCAUUACUACCAGCCUAAUAAUCCAGAAACCAACGUUGAUGUAACUGUCACCACGGACGAUCAGAAGUACGAUGCAUCUAUCCCUAUAGAGCAUUGCCCGUCCAACUCAGGAUGCAGAGCACUUAUCACAAUGGCGAAUGGAAACACUCAAUUCCCGGUCAACGAGAACUUUACCAUAUUAUUUAAGGGUAAUUCGAGCAAAGGCGUUUGGCUGGAUUACGUUCUGGUCAUAGCGAAGCCGGACUAUAUGGACACAGCCGUUAAGGAAGUCAACACUCUAGAUUAUACAAGGGAAUUCAUUGAAAAGUGUGCUAUGAACCAUUACUAUAUAAAUCCCAAUGAAACCGUGGCGGCGGAACACGUGCGGGUUUGUUGUCGGUGGUCAGUGGUGCGCGCGCCGAUAGAUGCGUGCGCACCACUAACUAAAAUCCCUUGCACGUAUUUCGCGGGCGUCGUGCCCCCCGUGUCGUUCCGACCGCUCCCGCCGACGCACGUCAAGCAAUACACGGAGGCAAACCGAGUGUCGGGA